GCACGCAGGGCUGUCAAACACGCAGCAUGACACCGCGGCUCGGAUUGUUUACAUUUUGUGCAGUGCGCGGUCUCGCACACGGUGCGGUUUCGGACCAUACGGCAAACAUGGAUAGUUUGCAGGCGAUUAACUCCAAAUUAACGUUGCAGUCGGCAGCGGUGCAAAUUGAGAAGAUAUUGAAAAUAGCUCAGAAACCAAAACCGACCACUAGGACAGUAACCGAGGGUGAGAUUGACCUUCUAAAACAACUCUGCAAAUCGAACAACGUACGCGUGUGCCAGCUGGCAAAUGAAGCAAUACUGCAACUCACUACCGAAGGAUGUGUGGAACUUGGACAAAUGCUGGGAAUGCUGAUGACGCUCCUGCCAAACACCAACCCUGGACAGUUCAUCGUGUUUUCUGGAACAAUUUUUGAACUGCUGCUAAUCGAUCUACGCCGGCGUUGUUUGACCACGCCCGGCAAACAAAAUUACGUGUGCCAGUUCGACUUAAAGCCUCCGCAACAUCCGGUAAUUCUUCUCAUCGAUAAAGCAAGCGUCGAAAGUACAGGAACUAUCCUCCAUCUGAUCGUAAACACGCUGAACCAUCAGGAUGAUGCAAUUCGAACCAACAGUAUUGAAUUCUUGCGCCCCGUGCUAUUGCAUCUCUUCGUCAACCUGUGCCUUUACGCUAAUUGUCAACCGAUUUGGAAGCUUCUGGUAGAAAGAUCCUUGCACGAUGCAAAUGCAAAAUCGAUCGUGCUCGAGAUUCUGGCAUGGUGCAGGGAUACGUCUGCAACGCAAACAUGUUUCACCGUUGCUCUUCUCACGGAUGCCCUGGAAAUCGUUCUGCACGAAAAUCCUAGCGACGUAAAGCUGCAACUAGAAUUCGCUCUAUACCUAGCGGCUGUGCUUAAAAAUUACGUCGAAAGGAAUUACGAUCCAAGCCGAUGCUUUGGUUUGUUGCAAGCGGUAUGUAAUGCUGCAAUGAAAUGUGAUCCACCACCAUCACCAUCGCUGGACGUGCUGCUUGCGAUCGCUGUAGACCUGCUGUUGAUCGUAUCACCGUUAAAGCUGUUUGCAUUGCUCGAAAUUAUCCAAACCAUUCUUCCGGCUUGCGGAAGGGUUAGCUGCAUGCUGACGAAAGAGGCAAUGAUUCAAUUGCUUGGCCAACCAUCGUACACCACGAAACAUCUGCCGGUCUGUGAUAAGAUUCUGACGAAAAUCGAGGAAGAUCUUACCCUGGUGGAAUGGAAAGAGAUUUCGAACCUGGAAUGUAUCACCACCGGGACGAUGUACUUCCAUGCGAAUUUAGCCAAGUGGACCAUUCUCUGUAAUUGGUGGAAUUCUUACCGAACUGCAAUCGACGACUAUCUUCGAACGGGUGGACCAGCAAGUAUGCGUUUUACGCACAAAUUAAGUCAGCUGCAUCGAUCCAUCUUUCUCUCCUCUUCAUAUGAGGACAACGUUUGGAAGAUAAAUUUUGCACAUUUAGUUAGGCUGAUGAAGCACAGCGAGGUGCGGGUCGCACAAAGUAUGGUCCCACUGCUCUAUGGGCUAGCUCAGCACAGAGAUGCUCGCAGGCGAUUGCACGUACUGCAAACGAUCGCUUCGAUGGGGGCGAAAGAAAAUUUGAUCGGCAUACUGAAAGCUCUAACGAAGGAUCUGGACCGUGCGCUGUGCCUGGAUUUGUAUCUGAGACUGUGGAAGGCGGAACCGCGCACCUAUCCACUGCUGUACGAUCUGCUGAAGGAUACCAGCCGUCGACCGAACGAGGAUCGCUGGGAACAUACGGUUGCCCGUGCGUACACCAUUCGUGAAGUGUGCCUUAUAAACCCCACCCAGCACGGAGAGGAUUUGGUAAAUCUAUUCUCUGAAGUCCUUAGCAAUCCCAGCAAUAGCGAUAAUGAAGUGGCCAUCUGUUUGUCGCUGGAUGCCAUCUCCAGCUUGUGCGAAAACCAAGUCGUUAACAUUGUGUCCACCUGGAAGGUGUUGGGCUUCCGGUUCGCCAACGAACGCCGGCCGAAAGUCAUCAAAAGCUUGUGCCGAUUUUUCGCCAAUGUACCGCUGAUCAAAGUUACCUCGCCGGAACAGGAACGGUUGGUCAAUCACAUUAUUGGCACACUGUGGCAAUACGUCACCGAUUACGAAGAGCGGGAAAUCAUAGAGGCUGCGCUGGGCACGCUGAAACACUUCCAACCGGACACACUAACGCUACGCCAGCUACCGGAACUGUUCCGACAGGGCAUCGAACUGCCGGACCAGAACGCAGAAGGCAAUUCCGAAGCCGACGGCCCGGGUUCUAUCCCGCCAGAAUGUUGGAUCCAGCUCCUGCAGUACACCAACCACAGCGCAAUCGAAGCGGUCGGCGAUCUGUUGGGACAUUACAUUGCGCACGAAAUCAAAAGCUAUCGUGGUGGAAUCUAUCAAACGCCACCGGGCCGUCCGGAACCUUCUAAUUUGAAGUAUCUACCACGGGCAAGCAUUUUGUCCACGAUCGUAAACUAUCUGAUACUGCAAAGCACGAAAUUCACGAACAGCGAUACCACUGCCGAACUGGUGCUGGUGCAGAUGCUGCGCAUUAUCGCCAAACCGUACCCCAAACCAAUUCCACCCCUAAAUUGGUGCUUUCUGCACGAAUAUUUUCACCACUGUUUCGAGAUGCGAGAUGCGUGCCUGCAGAUAGCGAUCAAACAGAUGCCAUUUUCCGGGACUGCCAAGCGGCUGGUGGAAAACUAUCUAAACGAGCUGUGCGAAACGGUUAUGUUGGAAGAGGAUCUGCUAAAAAUCUAUUCCUCGAUCGCGGACAUUACGGAGGCGGUACAGACGGAAAUCUACAAACGGUUUGUGCAUCUCUCGCUACAGUACCUAGCCGAACGGGCAGAGGAUAGACAGUUUGCGGACGAUACGCCGUUCAUCAAAACGAUGGCACUGAUAGCUGGCGCACUGCAGCGGGAGAAGCAGUACGAAAAUGAGGACAAUUAUCAUCUACUCUGCACGACGCUGGAAAACUUUUUCAUGCGCUUCGAUCUGGGAUCGGAGGUGUUUAAAAAGUACAUUGAAGCGUUGGUGCAUCUUCCCGAGCGACACUUCACCGAGCUGCUCAAACCGAGCACCUGGACCGGUGGUGUCAGUGUGGAAAAGUUGGAGAAAACAAUCUACCUUCAGUUCGCUUUCCACCAGCACAAUCCCACCGCAGAAGCGUUACAGUUUGUGGGUCUCGCAGAUAUAAUAGCCACGGUAGCAAACCACCCGCCAGCGGAUGACGGUACACUCCGGGCAUUCUUCUUACAGGAAUGGGCUAGCUUUGUGGAGCUGUUUGCCCGGACCGAUCGAGACGACAGCGAAUCGGAUGGGAAAGCACUGGUUGGAUUUAUUGCCGAGUUGAUCGGGUUGAUUCAGUGCAAACUAACGGCCACAGACGAUCGUAUCGAGCUGGGGGCACUUUUCAUGCUCGACACACUGAUGACGGGCGUGAUCAGUUUUUCCGGUUAUGGUGGGUUGUACGGGGCGAAGCUGUUGGCUAACGAGCGAUCGCUACGUUUGGUACAGUUUCCGCUGGCAUUGGUUACCGUGUUCGAGCGCAAUGCUUGGCGUGAAAUCGAGAUAAAGAUGUACGAGUUCCUGUACCAUUUGUACGGUAUUGCGUCGCUUCCGAACGAAUACGCCGAGUGCUUGCGGAGCGCGCUGAUAUGCUGUAAAAAACAACCCUAUUUCCAGCAACCGAAAACGCUGCCCAAGUUCGUCUCGCUGAGAAGACGACUGUGAGGAUCAUUGAAGCAUUGUUUUGUUUUAAAAAAUAGAUCAAAUAGAUUUAAUCAGUUUU